AUGGCCCAAUUGGUUAGAGCGCGAAUUGAUCGGAAGUCCGUGGUUCGACCCCGGACCUCUGCCCUCGACUUCCCCUGUUUAUGCUUGGGCAACCUGGCAAAUAAUCAACUAAACAGUGUGAUGGAUCUUAUGAGACGGUUGCCUCCGCAGAAGAUUGACAGAACUCUGCUUGAUAUCAUUAGCCUUGCUCCGGACCUAUGUGAAGAUAUACUGAGCUCUAUCGACCAGCCAUUGAAAAUUGCUCGUGACAACAAGGCGGGUCGUGACUAUCUGUUGUGUGAUUACAAUCGAGAUGGAGAUUCCUAUCGAUCGCCAUGGUCAAACACGUACGACCCACCACUGGAGGAUGGGGCAAUGCCCAGCGAAAACCUUCGAAAGCGUGAGAUUGAAAUAAACGCGGCAUUCGAUCAGUACAGGGAAAUGUAUUACGAAGGUGGCAUUUCCUCUGUCUACUUGUGGGACAUGGAACAAGGCUUUGCUGGUGUAAUCCUGAUUAAGAAGGCGGGUGAUGCCAAACUGGCCAGCGGUUGUUGGGAUUCGAUACAUGUGAUCGAUGUCAUUGAACGCUCGUCAGCCAAAGUAGCUCAGUACAAACUGACCAGCACAGUCAUGCUAUGGCUACAGACUCAGCGUGAGUCUGCGGGCUACUUUAAUCUGGGUGGUAGCCUCACACGGUUCAUGGAACGCGAUGGACCACUUGGAGACGCUGGGCAAUCGAUCACAACAUCUCAUAUUGUGAACAUUGGCCGCAUGGUCGAGGAUGCAGAGAAUUCUAUUCGGUCCACACUCAAUGAAGUCUACUUUGGCACGACUAAAAACAUUGUGGAUUCCCUGCAUUCGAUAGUGCCUGCUUCAGAGGAGGAGAAACGCCGACGCCUUGUCCAAGAGGUCCAUACGGCACUUCAGAAUAAAUCACAGGCGUAACUUUUUCAUCAUGGAUACUAAUCUACUCCCCCGCUAUUUUGAUGCGCAUGCUACCCUGUCCCAUUCUAUCCCACUCCCAACUAUUUCUGGUUGGCGUAUCUGGCUGGCAUAUCAUUUUUUGUGAUUCUUCUCACGUUUGGCCCUCCUAGGUGGCUUAUACUUCUCACUUUGUGUUACAAAACUACCUUCACGUUCAUGAUGUUCCAUUUCCGAUACGGGGCACCGGGAGUACAGUUAUCGCUUCACUGAUUCAACUGUCCACCUUUACAACUUUCCGAUCGGUCCUCACUGUUUUGCUUAUUAUCUUCGCGUUUUUUGUCGCGACUGCAACUAAUGACUUGUGAACUCCUACCACACAGCUGCUUCAGGUGUUGUGUCUGGUUCGAUCCCAGCUUGGUAUGGCUAGCACUGUUUCUCAUAUUGUGUGUGCUUUAGAUAUGUAUUUUUCCAUGAUAUGCACUUUUCUACUGCUCCUCUUCGUUGUUCCUCGAUUGAAUCAUAAACAAAAUGGGC